AUUGAUUUGCGUUCAGGCUACCAUCAGCUGAAAAUCAAGGAGUCAGACAUACCCAAGACAGCCUUUCGUACGAGAUACGGUCACUUUGAGUUUGUGGUUAUGCCGUUUGGCUUCAGUAAUGCCCCGGUAGUAUUCAUGGACUUGAUGAACCGCGUACUUCAUCCUUUUCUUGACCAGUUUGUUAUUGUUUUCAUCGAUGAUAUUCUUAUUUAUUCCAAGAGCCAGAAGGAGCACGAGGAGCAUCUGAGGGCCAUUCUUUCGACCCUUAGACGUGAGAAGUUAUAUGCUAAGUUCUCCAAGUGCGAAUUUUGGCUUCAGCGAGUGGCUUUUCUUGGCCACGUUAUUACUCAAGCAGGUAUUGAAGUUGAUCCUUCCAAAAUUGUUGCAGUUCAAAAUUGGUCAGCACCGAAGAAUCCGUCCGAGGUUC